ACAUAACACAAUCAUGAUAAUGGACAUGAAAGCAGACAGUAAUUUUGUGAAUUCACAACUUAUAAUAAAUAAAUGAUGUGUUACUCGUGUGUAUUCUUUUAGGGGAUGUUCAUAUAAUGUGAGUCAGCCCGCUCGACCAGGCUGACUCGGUUACGCGGGCUGCUUCUAAUAUGAACACAUGAAUUUUUAUAAAGUUUUCUGAAACAAUACGAGAACUCGCCUAAAUAAGGGAUCCCGGUUAACCGGACCAGCUCGCCUCCAUAUAAACAGGCUCAUAGUCAAUUAAAUUAAGAGAAUAAACACGACAAAAAAUGUGCUGACAUGGACAUGAUCCAAUAAAUUAUUUUGAAAUGUAGAGAUGACGAAAAAUUUGACAUCAUUUAAAAAUUGCACAGAGUUUCGAAAUUUUUUACAAAAGGUCCGAUAUCACAUUUUUCAAAUAAUGAAAAAAUGGUGUCAUCACAGAAUUGAUUUACCACUGGGUAUUAUACAAAAUUAAAAUAGUCUACUAUUAAGAUGAAAUAUUCUUAAUCUGUCGAUUAUAAAGAAAUUUAUGUGGAAUGUUAUUCUUUUUCUUUAUGACGAGGUGCCAAGAUCGAGGUUGGCGGAGGUUGAUGCCGCAUUCUUAACUAUACGGAUAUAUAAAAUCAAAUUUGCCAACUUUUCUGAAUCAAAAGUUUAGUUGUGGCAUCAGUCUCAUUACGACUGUGAGACACCAGUUAGCCAUUAUUUCAUUCACUUGUAAUUGUUGUCAUGGCUACAACGUGUUAUAUUAAACACCCACGUGACAAGCUUUUUUGACAUUCGAUGACAAAAUAACAGAUAAAUAUGAUGAAACAAAGAUAAUAUAAAAUAAAUAAACGAAAAUCACAUAAAUAAAUUCUAUAAAGGUCUCAUUUUUAGGUCAUCACUUGAAUCCACAAUACAUUCAUCAUGCAUAAAAAGUUAAUUUGCGCUACUAUGAUAUUUGCACCUAUGAUUUCAAACGUUAUAUUUUGACUCAGUUAGUCAAACAUGUAAAGAGUUCUUAUAAUGUAUAUAAAUUUGACAAACCAAGUUUGUUUGUCAAAAUAGAUAAACAUUUCUGAGCAAACAUCAUUAUUUGAAGUUGAAUAAAACAAAAGUUUUCUUUUGAAAACAUAUUUCACAGCGAUAUAGGAAUCUAACAGAAUAUCCACAAAAUGAUUGUUAGCAGAUGUCGUGUGAAGAAAACAUAAAUUUUUCAAAUAAAAAAAGAAGAAAUGUUUUUGUAUUGGUUAAAAUUAUUUCAAGCUUUUAUUUCCUCUCUUGUUUAUUAAGUAUUACAAUUAUAUUUACUGUUGAUAUCUAUUUUUUGGUUGUGUUGAAUGGUGUUUUGAUUUUUAAUUGGUAUAUCUGAAAUGGCGCAUAUUUUUCCUGCAGUCUUAGGUUAACUCUAUAGUCACCACAAACUUACUUCGUGUUUCCAUUUCAAUUUCCAGUCAUUUUUAAUUUCAUUUUGUAACAUACACAAGGAUAUACAGGUAUAAAGUAGCUGGUUCAAGAACUCCAAACUUUGGGUAAAAUUCAGAAAGACGAAGCCGACCUCUUCUCACAGGCCUUUUUAUUCAUUUUUUGAUAAUCUCAGACGGGGUGAGAUAAAGCCUUGGAAAUGGUAAUAAUAUCAAAUUAAUCUUUAAAGUUAUUUCCAUGCCAGUGAUGCAUUUAAGAAAAAUAAUCUCUUUUUCAUAAACUGUGCUUAUACCCACGCGCUACGGUAUAAUUUAAUCUGUCAAACAAGCUAAUCUGAUUCUUAUCCAUCCUCUGCACAGUAUACUGCCAAGCAUGAUCGAAACACGUUUUGUGUUUAUCAAAACAGAAGAUGUUCAAAACUGACACAAAUAAGUCCUUUUGACAUAUAACUUCUUAUCUUUUUAAACUUCACAAUAGUCCAUAAAGACACGUUAUCAAAAAUCGUCCAGGUUUCUCCUAGCAGUCCUAUUAACCAUGCAGCGUCCACCACGACCCACAUAUUUACUUGCCCAAGUUUAAGCCAAAUAAAAGCUGAGAAUUUGAUAAAGUUUGACAAACCUGGUUUUUACACAUGAUAACUUAUGUCCUGUGAAGCAGAGUGUCCUAUGAAAAUAGAACUUAGACCUGGACGGACCGUAAAUUGAAAACAGGGUAAAUGAUAAGACUUACAUCCGCUCCCUUUUAAACUUCAAUUUGAUAUUUAAGGUAUCAACGAUCCCAUUAUAAUAGCGAAAUUUUGUUGCUUUUGUAACAGAUGUAGAAACUAGGUUAACACUGCAUCAAUUUUUUGUGUUUGUACAAACUUUUAUAAAUUACUUAAAACUUUUUCAGAUUCACGUAUAUUUUGCUAUAUUUUAAAAAGUCAAACACAAUGAAAUUUGUAAGAUUGGAAACUAUAGAAGAGAUAGAAGAAGAAGUAACUCAUGAAGUAUAAUAAUUAUGGAUUUUGUUAACCCUUGAUAAUGUUUCUAACAGUAAUAUCUUCAGCUAUCGGAUUAGGCAUGCAAGACCUUUUUUUGUAUGGUCAACCAGUCUCGAUAACUUGAACUCCCAAACUCAAGAAGGUUGAAAGAGACCGGGAAAAUUUUUCAGACAAGGAGUAAUUGAGACAACAAGAGAUCAAGACAUUUAGAGUCGAUAUUUUCACUCUCCUAUUGAGAAUGUAUGGAGUUGUAAGCGCAUAUAAAAUCAUCAAGUCUUGCUAUUAAGCCAAAUUAUAAAAUGCUGAUCGUUUUUGACUGUUCAAAUUUGAAAUAAAAGAAAACUAUUAUUUUCUUCUCGGUAAAGCUUUAUGAUCAAAUAAUCACAUUUUUCUUGUUACAUAAAUGUCUUUAAUGAUAGUCACUCCAGCAACGUUUUUCUCGUAAUGCAGAUUGUGAUAUGAAAAAAGAGAAGGUAACGCGAAAUUUAUUAAAGAAAAUACAACCUAUGCCCCAUUCUCUAUUUCACGAGAGGCAGUAGCUCGAAAAACUAGACCCAAGCUAGAUCUGCCCGAUAGGAAACUAAUAUUUUUGAACUCAUAUUACCAGAAAGUUAAAAAAGCAUUGACUUCAGUCUUCAAGCAUUGACUUCCGUCUAAAAUAUGUUAUAAUAAUAUCUUUAUCCAUUCUUUACUAAGUUAUAUCCAAGCACUAACAGGCAAAGGGGAACGGAUUGUUCCAAAAUGCUGACAUUGUAAAAAAGUGCAGCAUUUUUUCAAUGUUGUUUACUGCCAUCUGUAGAGUACCAGCUGAAGAGUACUGCUUUGACCUUUUGAUAAAUAGUCAAAAAACUGCAAAAUUCGAAUAAUAUUUUGGGGUAAAUAAUGUCUGAGCAAGGCAGGUUAGGUUGUUUAAAAAUUCGAGCCUUUAAAUAAGGUUAUUUUGAUAACUCUCUCUCUUUUCUGUUGUGAUUCGUCAUUUAGGUGUAUGUUCAGUAAGGACCUGUCACUAUCAGAAUAAUUUCCCAACUUUCUUGCUUGCCCUCGAUGUAAAAGAAAUAGUCAUUCAUUAUAUUAUUUAUAGAAGGACAACUGACAGACAAUCUGUCUAAUUGACUUUUAAAAACUAAUUAUAUAAAUACAAUUCAGCAUUGUGUUGUUUAUCUUUAAGUCACGUGACUUUAUUAUAUAACAAGCUAAACAAUUAGUGUUAUCAAAGGUGUCUGAUCAAUAUCAUUUUUUUUUCAAUUUAAAUGAUGAGAGACUCCAAAUGAACCCUCCCUCUUUGGGGAUGUGUAAACACUGUAGUUGAGAAAGCUGAAUACCCAGGGCUUUUAUAGACACCCCAAGGUUUUAUGAAUGACUCGUUGUGAUAAGAACGACCAAACAUUCAUUAAUGUUUCCUAUCUUUUUAAAUUAGCAAUUUUAAUAUUUUUUUAUUUCCCUAUUUAACAAUUCCUUUUGAUAAAGAAAUAUGCCAGCAUUAAAAUAAAGCUAGCAGGAACUAAAAAUGUCUUUCAUUCAUGUGAAAUUUAUUGAAAUAAAUUUAUUAUAUUUGGCUUGUCGAAUUUCAAGUGUUACCUGAUCGCUACCCCGCUCGCGGGUUAGUUUUUUUUUUGCAUCAGAAACUCGUUUGCACAAAGAAUACAUUCCAAUAUGUUCUUGUUUCCGUUUUAGGAGAAGUUCUUUCAAUAAUCUCCUUCGGAAGGUAGUUUUGGCCUAUGGAAAAUAAAAAAAUUGUAAAGGUCAUUUUAAUUUAGCUAAAGCUGAGUCAUAAGGUGUCGUAAUUUGAUAUCGUUGAUACUUUAAUAAUUUCCGUUUAAACCGGAUAAAAACGGUCAUGGAAUAUUCUUUCUGCACAUUGCGAGAGUGAAGUGAGGUCGUUGCUCCGGUAAAUAGUGACUUGUUGCUAUUAACGACGAUCAAGAUGGCGCCUUAGUAACAUACAAGCAUGCCUACAACCAAUAUAAAAACGUUGGACCAUGCUUUACAGUUCCCUCUCUCUGUCUCUCUUUUUCAGAAUUACAUUCUAAUUAUGGAAUAGAUAAACUUUCUCAGAUCCAACCUUGUACCCAAGUUCUUUUUCUCUGCUUAUGACAUAAUCCGGGUAAAACAAGGAAUGAUGUUGCAUUAUGGUAUUACUAGAAUAACUUUAUUGAGGACGUUUCUUAUUUUUAAAUUCUACUAUUUUUAAUUACAUCCUGGAAUUUUGCAAUUUCAUAUUUCCACACUACAGCGUCUUUCUAAAUUAAUUGGUAGUGUGGUUACCGCAUUCAUAUUUUCCAGUCACGAUUUCCCCACUAAUUAUGAUUAAUUACAGGUGUUAUUUCAUCGUCCGACCACGGUUUGUGGUGAUGUCUUUUACACAUGUCAAAUAGAUAAAGCGUAAAACAUGCAUUUUUUUAACCACGUGGGAUACUUUCGCGCCAACAAAGCAAAGUUGUUUUUCACUUAAACUGCAUUCUUUAAGAACCGUUCCUUUAUGUGUAAAAAUGUCUGUGUUUUGAUAACUAAAGAACUGAUAGAACUAAAAAAAAAACAUAGGAUAGAAAAACAUGAUGUUUAAGUUCAUUUCAGGUCUAGAAUUUGUCUUGUCCCAACCAAGCUCCUUUCAUGCCAUCCUUUGGCUUUUAAUUAGCUUGGAUAUGCCCUGAAGAUUAUUAUUCGUGAACAUUCUCAUUUUCUUGCAUGCAUCCAACUUAACCAGGCAACAGUUAUGAAAGACGUGGGUUGACAGCUAUUUCUUGCAUCGAAUAUAAAAUGUUGGACAUGCAUUGAAUGUUUACAUUUCCGUUUCUCGAUUUGUUUUUGGCAUUUGUAAACAUAAUUAUUAUCAAAGUGUGGGAUAAUUUGCUAACUCUUUUUACUUAUACUAGCUAUAUCAUCCUUUCCAGACUACUUCGAAUUUUUUUAUAUUUAUAAGUUCCUUUUUAAGUUCUAUUUUUUGUUUGUUUGUUUAUUAUUUUGUUUGCUUGUUUGUUUUUACUUUUGUUUCUGUUUUUCUUUUGGGAAUUCAGCCAACAUCCAUGAACUUCUUAAUAAGUUUCGUUAUACAAUAAAGAUAUUUGUUAAGAACUUGCCAGGCCACAAAUAUUUCAUUUGUAGAUCUCUAAAACAAAAAAUAAUGCUAAAAACAUUUUUAGAUCUUUUUUUUUACAAUUUUUCACAGUCUUCAACUUCGUGUCGUCCACAACAAAUUAUUUUAGCAAUGACAAGCCUGUCAAGUUAUUUUUCGUUUUCCUUGCCAUCAUCUCUCCAUCGGAGAUAGUUAAUGACAUGUUUCAAUAUAAUGAACUUUCCUAAUUGCAGCGUCAUAAACAAUAGAAAAAUUUUGUUUCGUUAAUGAAGAGAGUAAUUGUUAACUAAAUACGAGGGGAAAUCGUUACAAAACCAUAGCGCAAGUAAAAAGUUUGAAACAGUUUAAUGAUACAACGUUAGAGUGUCAACAUGCAACGCCAUGUUGAAACAACAGCUCGAAAUAGAAAGAAAUCCUUACAGAAUACUGAUGGGUUUAUUUUUGGAGUCAACAGUAAGGGUCAUUACCGACAAGCUAUCGCCCUACAGUAUAUGGGAAGAUACCCUGAAGCCCUAGCAUCUUAUGCAUCGGCGUUAGCACACGAUGAAAAAUCGCAGCAAUUGUUGCAAGCCCUGGUAGAAGCUGCGUUGAAGUCACAUAUACAAGCUACACUAGAACCGUUAUUCGAACAACUGGACAAACUUGAAAUAACAGGGAAACCAUUCGCAACAGUAGCACUGAUUGGUCAAGAAUUAUUAUCUGCCAAUGAAAUUCAACCUGCUAUAACGGUUUUAGAAAGUUCAUUGCACUUGGGUACAGAUGAUUUGUCAUUAAAAGACUCUGUGUAUUCAGCCCUCAGUAGUGCGUACUGGAAAGUAGGUAAUGUAAAAAGAGCCUUGCACUAUAUGCAUCAAGAUCUCCUUAUUGUUGAAGGACAAAAUGACAAUGCUGGUACUUGUCGUGUCCAUGGCAACCUAGGAAGUACGUACUACUCUCAAAAUCAAUACACAGAAGCACUUCACCAUCACCAGAUGCAGCUUGAAGUUGCAAGCAAGAUGAAAGAUCGAGCAGCAGCUGCACAAGCUUUAACUUCUUUGGGUCACGUGUACGUUUCUAUGGGUGAAUACGAAAACGCGUUAGCCAGUCAUAAACGUUGUGCGUUACUAAGGCAACAAAUUAACGACAAUUUGUCCGAAUCCAGAGAACUGGAAAACGUUGGAACGGUUUACGCUUUGAUGGAAGACUUUGAAAAUGCAACUCAGUGUCAGGAAGAAAGUUUGCGUGUGGCAAGAACCCUUAAAAAUCCUGUUGAAGUUUGUCGAGCUAUGGCUACGUUAGGGAGUUUGUAUCAAAACAACAGAAAAUAUGAAAACGCUGUAAAAAUAUUCCAAGAAAUGUUAAAUAUAGCUCAAGAAAUUGCAGACGCUCAUAUUCAAUGCAGAGCUUUGUCUGGUCUUGGAAAUGCAUUUCGAAUGCAAAACAACAUUGCAGCUGCUGAGCGUUGUCAUGAGCAGCAACUUAAAAUUGCAAUCGAUAUUAAAGAUCGAACAAUGGAAAGUCGCGCUCAGUGCAAUCUGGGAGUGACGUACCAGCACAAAGGGGAAUACGAGAAAGCAUUAGAGUUUCACAAAGCUCAUUUAAGUUCGUGUCGUAAACUUGCCGAUAAAGAAGGAGAAAGUAGAGCGUACGGUAACAUCGGCAAUGCUUAUCAAUCGCUAGGACAAUUUGAGCGUGCUAUUAAAUAUCAUAAGUUAGGACUUUCUGCAGUAAGAGAUUUAAAAGAUCAACUUUCUGAAGCUACGUUACAUGGUAAUCUCGCAGUUGCUUUUCAAUCCUUGAAAUUGAAUGACGAAGCUUUGGAGCAUUACAAAGAACAUUUAACUAUCGCUAAAGAUGUAAAUGAUUUACGAUCAGAAUGCAUCGCAGAAAGCAAUUUAGGGAAUUUCUUCAGCACUUCAAACAAAUUUGAAGACGCAGUGCACCAUUUUGAAAACUAUUUAUCCGUGGCCGAAAAGCUGCAAGAUAAACAAGAGAUGUGUAAGGCUUCACAUAACUUAGCAUACGCGUACUAUCAACUUCAAAAUUAUAACGAUUCUAUUGAAUAUUACGAACAAAAUAUAUCACUAGCGUACGACCUCGACGAUCGAGAAUCGCUUCAGAUGGCCUACUGUAAUUUAGGUUUAGCAUACUUAGCUAUGAACGACUACGAAAAGGCUGUGCGCUGCCAAAAAUUAUUUUUAGCUUCAGCUAGAGAGAAGAAGAACAUUUUAAGUGUAUGUAAAGCGCUGGGAAAUUUAGGAACAAUUUACAUAAAAAUGGGUGACACUGAAGAAGGUUUAAAUUUCUUUUACGAGCAAGUACAAUCUGCUGACAAGAGCAAUCUAUCGUAUCUUCAAGCUGAUUGCUAUCAUCGACUUGCGAAAGUCUUGGAAGACGACCAAAAAUACGACGAAGCGAUAAUAAAAUACGAGAGGGAAUUAUCUUACCGCCGACAGCUUAAGAAAGAGAUUAUCCCUUUUUGUAAUGCUGUUAAAUCGUAUUCUAACAUGUUGGAAAAAUUAGGCAGGUUUAACGAUGCUUAUCGAUUAUAUUGCGAGAUGUUUCAAGUAACAAAGAAACACGCUAACGUAGAGUUGUGCCGUGAGACGUGCUAUUUGAUGGGACAAGUUAACAUAAAGAUGGGAAAGUACGAAAAAGCUAUAUCAGCUUUUCGUUUGCAACUGGAAUGCGUGAAUGAUUUUAUAGAGGAUUCCAUAGACGCUGGCCGUAUACAUGUUUUUAUUAGUGAUUGCUAUCUUCACCUAGAAGAUAUCGAGAAUGCGAUUCAACAUCUAUUGCAGUAUCAAGAAAUUGCCACCAAACUAAUGCACCACGAAGAUGAAAACGAAUCGUUAAAAAAAUUGAGUCAAAUUCACAGUGAUAAUGGAAAUUAUCAAGACGCUUUAAUGUUUUCAGAAAAGCGAUUGAUAUGUACGCAAGAGCUUACAAACUGCGACAUGUGUGAAGCGUACAGAGACGUCGCGACGUAUCACUCGCUAUUGGAAAACUACGACACUGCUAUAUCGUACUAUGAACAAUUACUAAAAAUAGCACGUGAGGCUUGUUUAGUUGGAAUGGAGUAUGAAGCGUAUAAGGGACUGGGAACUACAUAUAGCAAAAUAAAGGACUUUGAGAAAGCACUUCAUUCGUUUUCAAAUGCAGCAGAAAAAGCAAACGCACUCGAGGAUCUCCACCGGAGAGCUGAAUCCUUUUUGAAAGUAGGAGAUGCUCAACAGUUGACUGGAAAUAAAGAAGAAGCUUUGAAAUAUUUCUUAGAAGCGCUAGAAACAUCAGAACAACUUCAGUCGAAAUUGUUAAAAGUACAGACUUGCGGUCGAAUUGGAAAGCUACAUCAUUUGUUAGCGAACCCCGCAGAAGCUACUUCAUAUCUGUGCAUAGCUGCUACGUGUUCGGAAGAGUUAGAGGAUAGUGAUGAAAAAAUUAAAGCAUUUUGUAGGUUAGGGUUGCAGUUAUACUUUGAAAAACAAUUUGAAGAAUCGGAAAAAUAUUUUGAAAAAGUCAUCACACUCAUUGAGGAAUCAGACGAGGUCAAAAUUUCUAUCAUGAAAGAAGACAUUCUGCAGUUUGUGUUGGCCUCUUAUCAAAUGCUUCAGAAAGUUUUAAUUCUUUUGAAAAAGCCAUUAGAAGCUUUGUUUGUGGCGGAGAAAGCCAACAGUAUCAACUUAGAACUCCUAUUAAAACGAACUGGUGUAAAAGCUCACGUACGCAUCCCGUUGUAUGAAAAGUUUUUGCAGCGCAUUGACAACUUGGGAACAACUGCGUGUUUUUAUUCAAUUGCAGUUGGUCAACUAUACUGUUGGUUAUUACGACCAGGAAAAGGUUGUGUAAAAUUCUGGAAGCAACGUAUUAUUGAGAAAUACACAGAUAAUAACUUACCAUCAUUGGAUUUGGACGAUCUUGUAUUGCAUUCCUUCCACGACGCGUGUGAUACCUUGAACGGUUACGUAGCAGGACUACGAAAAAGUUUAGACGUCCAGGACCACGCCCAACGCUUAUCAGAUAGGACACAAAGCUUUGCAUCGAACAUCGAAAUAAUCGAUCGAAGACAGCAUCGCAAGUCGAGAAUUGGACGCCCUGUGGUUAUGUCAAGCUUAAUGGAUACGUCAUUGAAUUAUCAAUUUCGUUACAAGACUCCAGAAAAAACGUACUAUGAACAUAAACCAAAUAAAAAUUAUAACUGGCACUUAGAAGCACCUGUGGAGGAGAUUUACAAACUUCUUGUUUCACAGACAGAUGCGUAUUUUGACGAGUUAAGAGAAGGGGGAGAGUUGAUAGAAAAUACGGUUGAUUUAACUUUAGUCAUACCACGUGAGCUUUCGUUAGUUCCGUUUAUGUUAUUAAAAGGUGAAAAUUAUGAAAAGUAUUUUUGUGAAAGAUACAACCUAUCUCACAGUCCAACUUUGUUUUGGCUACUCGACAAUCGCUUUGAUCGAGUCAACGUCGAGAACAUGGAGAUUGAUGACAACGAAAAUAUAUUCGUGUUCGGAGGACAUGAUGAUCAUUCUACAGAAGAAGCGACAAGUGUUGCACGUAUUUUUGGUUCUUCUGCCACACUCGGUAGCAGUGGUCACACAAUCAGAGAGGAAAUAAUGGCUCGCAUGUCGCGUAGUACAGUAUGUCAUCUGUCCACGGACGUAGCAUGGCAAAAGCCGUCCCUUGUCUUUCCGUAUAAGGAUAUCACUCAAGAUUUUGCACGCAGCGACUUUUCUGAUCCAGAUAUCGAAGAUCUUUGUCCUGAUGAUCGUGUCGGUUCGCCAGGCUUAAAUGAUAUUUUCAUGUCAGUGCGAGAUAUCUCCGAAAUCAACUUCAACGCGAACCUUCUUACUUUCGGAAUUGCACCCUCUGGGGGAUACUCGGAUCCGAUAUGUGCUGACGGUCUACAUUUACUAGUGACAUCACUACUCAUGACAGGUUGUAAGACUAUACUCACAUCGCUAUGGCCCAUUCCGACGAAUGCUAGAAGGUAUUUCUUGCAAAAUUUCUACCAGUUCUACAACCGAGGUAUUCCAGCUUAUGAAGCGUGCAGUAAAGCUAUUCAACUGAUGCGAAAUUCUGAAGAUUUUCAUCAUCCGUCUAACUGGGCAGGAUUUAUCAUCUACGGUCAAAACAGCAAGCUGUAUCGCAAAACACAAUCGUUCACCAAUGCCUUACACGAAUUUCUAGAGAAACCAAAUAGAGAUGCAAUUAAAGUUAUUUUACAUUUAAUUGAAAAGGCGCGCCAACGAUUAUCUCAAGAUCGACGUUCAUCAUUGUAUGUUGCAGAAUCAAGUAUAACAAAGAAGAUACAAAGCCCGGAAGUAGCUUGGAGACCAAUGUUGAUUGCUUUAGGAUUUCGAUUCGAAAAAGCGCACAAUAGUUUACCGGAUUCCGUCUUCUUUCCUGGACACGAGUACGGAGAAGCGCUCAAUAGCAGCAGUAACACAUUAUAUGCGUUCUUAGGUUUAAGUCGAAAUGGCUUAGAUGCAAUAGCUAAGUUGAAAUCCGCGAAAAAUCUCGGCGGGCAACUGGUUAACAUGUUCCAACAAGUGUUGUAUUACUUCAAUCAAGAUAUGUCGAACGUGCAAGUUCCAUUCCAACUGCCACUUUGGAGAACACCCGGGUGUCAUGAGUUUUUAUCAUCAUUGGGAUUUGACGUUAUGGGCGUGGGAAAAACAGAAGUAAUGUUGAGGUCUGGAAAAAUAACCAUGAGAAGACCGAUACAAUGUGCUCUACAAGCUGUCCUAGAUUUAUUUGAACUGGAUGAAGAAGGCAACGAAGACCAUAUGUUGACAUCAGUCAAUAAGGCGUAUUCCGAAAUGUACAUAAAGUCGUCGCAAGGCACGUUGGGAAAGAAAACAAAAUCGGAAACCAACCUGCACGCAAUCAACGGAAAAAGCUCUCUGCAACGAACAAAAUCAAACGAAAUCCUUGAACAAAAAAAUCGAUUUAAUAGAUCAACUAACGAUUUAACAAGGAAUUCAAUUAAAUCAGAUAGUGGAAAUAGCUAUCUCAACUCUGAUCUUGGCUUGUUUAGUUCGAAAGAGUCCAAGAAUAUCAAUGAAAAUUCCGGUGGAGCAGUGAGGCGAUUGCGUGCGAAGACGCAAGAACUUAUCGAUUACGAAGGUACACCAAAGAAAAAGUUAUCGAUAUAUGGGUUAAAAACCGACAUGAAAUCCGAUAUGAAACGAUACGGCACGAUGGAGAAACUUGAUGUAAGCGACCUUGUCAUGAAAGAAGACGUUAGCGAUGAUAGCGAUGACGAAUGGCGCCAACCAAUAAGUUUCUAUCCUGAAAGUUUAGAUGGGAUGCGAUCACCGGACGUCUUUGAUGACGAAGAUAUUGAACAUUUCUCCAAAUACUUUAAAAACGGUUCCUUCUCGGCAAAAAGAAGGCGCUCACUCACACGAAGUUUUAGUAACGCUAGUCGAAGUAGUGCAACAGAUUCUCUCAAAUCAAAUCGAUCAAACGAAAAACUACGCCAUGUUUUAUCAGAUGCAAGCGAUACCAGUUCUUUCGCGCAAAAUUACCUCACGCAAAAUAAAGAACAGCUUCAGCGAGAACACUCUACUAGUUCAGAAGAAUCGAAACCUUCUACGCCAAGAAGAUCUCGAGCAGGAAGUGAGGACGACAUGUUCAAAGACGAGUCAACAAAACAGAAGAUGCCGCCAGAAUGGAGACGUCUCCACUUAAAUACUGGUUACUUUGAUGCAAACAGCCCUAUCAAAACCACCACGAUCAGGGAAUCUCUCAGUAUUGAUUCAGGUGUGUCGUCGGCAGACAGUGGCCGACACACACGUCAAACGUCAGGAGGACUUCAAGAUUUCGAAAUUUUAUCAACAGGUUCGCCUAAAGGUUCCCCAGAACAAACGAGAAAUGGUAAAGCAUUGGAAAGCUCAGAUGAAUCUGAUCAAACGAAAAAGAAAGGUUGGUUUAAAAUAUUCAACAAGAAAAAAAGACAUUCGAUUGGAAAUUUACUUGACACUGAACAGUUAGACAGUCUAAGUGUAGAGAAACAUGAUUCGAAAAAAAGAUAUUCAGACUCCCCUCUCUUGCUAUCACCGAAACAAAAUAACGAACGGAAAAAAAAUCAUCGUAAGAGCGAAGGCGAUAUUAACUAUAAUUUGAAGCAUUCCGUCACACCUCCUGAUUAUGGUAACCACCUGACUCCAAAUGGAGUUGAGAUGUCUCUGUGUUAAAAAAACACGAAAUCAUGCUGAUUUUACGACGACGAUUUAUGAUCGAUUUUAUCAUAUAUGAUUUAAUUUAUUAUACAAUUAAAUAUUAUUUUGAAAAAAUAAAAUAUUUUUCGCGCUUUAAUGUUUCUGCUAAAACUCUUAAAAGUCUUGAAAUGUUCUCACCAUGUCGUGACAAGUAGGAAUAUUUUCAAAAUAACAAACAAUUGCUGGUGAACUAGAUUCAUGAAUAAAAAUGGCGCAUUAAAAGCAGCGCAUUCUUAAAAUGGCGCGUAUUAGCGUAACGUUUGUAUAUGUUGUAAAUAUACAUUUUCAUAUAUACUAGUUUUAUUAUAUGAUUGUAUUCAUAUGUAUAGCAGUUAAAAACUUAUUAAAUAAAAAUGCAGAGUUCUCUAUU